AAAAGAUAAAUGGUUCAUAAACAUACAAAAAAAUACUCAACCUUUUUAGUAAUUAGGAAAAUACAAAUUAAAAGGAGAAUAAGAUACCCAAGUAUUGGCGAGGACGUGGAGUGAUGCGAACUCGCAUAGCCUGCUGGUGGAAGCUUAAAUUGAUUGCUUCUCUUUUGUAAACACUUGGCAUCAGUAAAGCUGUUUACACACUCCAUGAUCUGGCAAUUUAAUGCCUAGAAAUACACCCUAGAAAAACGCUUGCUCAUAUGUGCCAGAGACAUAUACAAGAAAUAUAUUCUCUAACACACUGUGGUCAAAAUUAGAAAUUAACUCUGAAAUGUUUAAUUAAAAAUCAUACAAUACAUUUAUCAUCCAACAUUAAUAUUUAAAGAACACAUAAGUAUUCUCUUCAUGAACUGCUUAUUCUUUAAUUGCUAAAUUCAUUAGUAAAUAUCAGUAAUAUCCUUUUGUAAAUGCAGAGAUAAAACACACCUGACAGGUCAAUUUUAGGUACAGCAUGAAUGAUUUUGUUCAUACUGAGAGGUAUAUACACUUUAAUCAUCAAAGACUACUAUAUCAAGCAUUUAUGAAAGGAAAUUCUUUUUGAAGAUUAUUUCAACUUAAUUAGGAUUAAAAGUAAAUAAAACUUUUAUCCUUAUCAUCAUUGAGCGAAAUAAUUUUGGUUUUAAUAUCUUAACCAGAAAAUAAACAGAAGCAAACACUAAGAAUAUGGAGAGCCUGAUGUCCUGUGGUCUUCCUUAAUUACCACCCAUUUUCAAGAGACCAUAAUCUGCUCAACAGAAAGCAUUCUACCAAGGAUCUUAAUCAGAUUCUGAGAAAAUUCCCACUCAAAACAAAACAAUAUGCCACUAAAACCCAAACAAUGUAGGUAUUAGCGGCUAAACAAAAGGUUAGCUCUACCUGAUGAGUCACUUCUGAAGUGAUGAAAGUCUGUCUUUGAAGUGCUUUCCAUUCAGGCUGGAAAUAUAUAUAAAGGUAGGAAUCAUUCAUGAAGCAGGUGGAGAAAAUUUUCUCCAUUUUACACAUCUUUGACUCCAUGCAAACAUCGAACUAAGAAUGGCAAAAAUGAGUCUCUGCUCCUACACAUUAAUACUAACUUUUUCUUUGCUUUCUCAAGCCAUUUUACUUUCAGCAUCCAAGUCCAUGAGAAAUUUAGAAGAUGACAUGGUAUUUAACACAUUUAGGCUGGGGAAAGCCUUUCAGAAGGAAGAUACUGCAGAAAAAUCAGUCAUUGCUCCUUCCCUGGCACAAUAUAAAAAUGAUGAGAGCGGUUUCAUGGAUGAUGAGGAAAACAAAAAUUCAAGGAACGCAGGCUCCAAACAUAAUUUCUUGAAUCAUGGUCUGCCACUGAAUCUGGCUAUAAAACCUGAUCUUGCACCAAAAGGAUCUGUAGCUUUUCCACCUGAGAAUGGAGUUCAGAAUAUCGAAUCAACACAAGAAAAGAGAGAAACUGGGGAUGAAGAAAACUCAGCUAAAUUUCCUAUAGGAAGGAGAGAUUUUGACAGUGAGUAGUCCUUUAAAAUUCAAUUAUUUAAGUCUUAGUACCAUAAAAUAGAACUCUGAGUUUAACUGAAUUUGGAUCCAAUCAUAACAAAAUUAAAUAAGACCAUAGUUCAAUCACACUUUUUUCUAUUAAGUGAUCCCUGCCAAAUAUGCGGAACUAAAAAGCAUUUAAUUAGUUAUUAUAAUUUUGAUUUACUCCAAAUUAGCUAUAUUAGAUCCAUUGUUUUCAUUUCUAAUAAAUUUUGUGUGAUAAUAAUAGUCCUUUAAGCAAUUUAAACCCUUUAUUUUUUUCUUUCAGUGAUCAGGUGUAUGCUGGGAAGAGUCUAUCGACCGUGUUGGCAAGUCUGAUACCUGUUGGCUCACAUGAUCUUUUCAGAAGAAAACAAAAUCAUUUAAUUGCCUGUCGGGGGGAAAAGCCCUUAAUGUUACUAUGACUUAUAUUAUUUUAAAUGUCUGUUUUAAAAGAAAGCAGUAUAAAGAGACAUCAUAAACCUAAAUGAUAUGCUUUAUUUGUACAUUAAACUUUGUGAAUAUUCUGCAUAA